AUGGGUAUCAACACCGAACCGAACCGGGAGUUCAACGAGCCCAAGGCUGUCAACGGCCUAGUGGCACAGUCCAAAAAACCUUACCUUAUCGUGUGCACGUCCCCAGCCACUGGCCACUUCACUCCAAUUCUGAGGAUCGUUGAACGCCUCAUUCAGAAAGGUUACCAAGCCACAUUUAUCGCUGGAGAGGAGUUCCAAGCCCAGGUUGAGGCCAUAGGGGCGGAAUGCGUCCCUACGCCUGCUAUGUUGACCCCGGACAUCAUUGCCGAGCGCGAGAAAAUCCCUGAGGGCAUACCACGACUACAGUUUGACUUGAAAGCACUAUUCGUGGGGCAGACACCCGGUCGGUGGGAAACCCUGAAGAAGACUCUUCUGAAGGUCCGAAAGCAACACCCCGGCGACGAGGUUGUCAUCCUUACCGAGUCUUUCUACCUCGGCCAUCUCCCCCUCCUCCAGGGUGCCGCUUUGCCUGAAGGGUUCACCAAGAGACCCGGCAUUGUCAACCUCCACUCAGCAACCUAUAUUGUUGACAGUAUCGACACGGCACCAUUUGGGCCUGGUCUGCCUCCCGACUACACGGAAGAAGGGCGCGCUGCCAAUAAGGCUGCGAAGGAAGCAAGCGCCGAGCCUGUAUGGGGUGAGAUCCUGGCCUAUGAAAGGGAGAUCAACGCAUCAUUGGGCAUCAAGAACGACCCUGGCGCUCACUUGCUGCCAUUUGAGAAAUGGGUGACUCUCCCCGAUAUCACACUUCAACUAUGCCCCAAGAGCCUCGAGUAUGAGCGCUGCGAUUUCCACCCCAAGGUCAAAUUUGUCGGCGCUUUGCCUCGGCUGCCUGUCAAGGCCGGCAUUACGUACCCAAGCUGGUGGGACGAUGUGACGCGAGGAGACAAGAAGAUCGUUACGGUGACUCAGGGAACUGUCGUACUCGACUAUCGCAACCUAGUCAUCCCGACUCUGGAAGCUUUGGCCGAGAGGGAUGAUAUCUUGACCGUCGCCGUUUUGGGUGCCAAGGGUGCCUCACUACCCGCCGAUUUCAAGGUCCCCUCCAAUGCCCGAGUGGUGGACUACUUCCCCUAUGAUGCCAUCCUUGAACACACUGAAGUUUUUGUCAUGAAUGCCGGCUAUGGUGGAUUUAUUCACGGCGUGACCAACGGUGUGCCAAUGGUGCUUGGAGGUGGAACUGAAGACAAGCCUGAAGUCAGUGCACGUGGUGAAUUUGCUGGUGUCGCUGUGAACCUCAGGACAGGAGCUCCAUCCAAGGAGCAGGUCGCUGAUGCUGUCAGCAAGGUCUUUGCUGACAGCAAAUUUAAGGAGAGGGUCAUGGAGAUCAAGAAGGAGAACGAAGAAUUGGAUGCUCUUUCAUCGAUAGAACAGCACAUCGAGCAGUUUGCAUCUCACUGGGCAUAA